AUGAGAGAAGCAGGGGAUGAACCAGACACAGAUGAACUGACUGGCAGAAGAGAUGACACCUCACUGCAAGGCACAGUGACUAUCACUGCAGCUGCAAAAGAAGCAGGAGAAGAUGUGACAAUGAGAGUGAUACUCUCACAGCUCAUUGACAUCACUGCUUUCACCUUCAAUCUGGCUUUCUUAGUAGUCAUGAAGGCUGCCGCCGCAUCAUGA